AAUCGCAAUGCUUAUUGAGAGCCAUUCUACCAUCAAUGGAGACAAAGAAAGUGCAGAAUUUGCAAAUAGCUUCCAACAACUGUAUCGAACCCGAUGGCCUGAGUACAUCUCUUCAACAGCGCGGCGAACAAUGGAAGAAGCCAAGUGGAACUGCCCACAUUUGCUCCCAUUCACUGAAGAUGUUAAACGUCUCCAUGUUUAUCUUGAUGAGCAAGAGAAAAUUUACCACAAACUUUUGUCUACACAGCCAUCAUCUCAGCAUUGGUCAAAAUUGGCCAAGGUUAUAUUGACUCAGGUUAUGCUUUUUAAUCGUAGGCGAGAAGGGGAAGUGUCACAGAUGCCAUUGUCCGCAUACACCUCCAGCAACCAAUCAGAAGCUCAUCCGGAUAUUAGCAUGGCCCUCACAGAGUUGGAAAAUAAACUGUGUCAAUACUUCAAGCGUAUAGAGAUCAGAGGCAAAAGAGGAAGAAAGGUUCCAGUGCUUGUUACUCCUUCAAUGCAAGAGUCAAUCAGCCUGCUAAUUAAAAACCGGAGCAAGUGUGGAGUACUGAAUGAGAACCCUUUUCUCUUCGCACGUCCGUCUGCAAUGACCUUUUUCAGAGGCUCUGACUGCAUCCGUGAAUUUGCAGGUGCAUGCAAUGCUAAGAAUCCUCAAACUCUAACUUCCACCAAGUUGAGGAAACAGAUUGGUACCCUCUCUGAAGUUUUAAAUUUGAGUAACACUGAGCUCGAUCAGCUGGCUGACUUCUUAGGCCAUGAUAUUAGGAUACAUCGUCAGUUUUACCGCUUACCUGAGGGGACACUUCAGCUGGCCAAAAUGAGCAAAAUUCUUCUGGCCCUCGAAAAAGGACGCUUGGCAGACUUUAAAGGGAAAAAUCUUGAUGAAAUCAUCAUUGAUCCAGAAGAGAAUGUUACAGUGGACAGUGAUUUAGAGGAGUCUACUUCCAAUCCAAAAGGUAACAAUUUUAUUUAG